UUAUGCAGUUUGUACAUUUGACAUUUUAAGUAAUAUUUGAAAAUUUAUUGUUUAAAAUAUGAAUUUCCAGUCAUAAAGACACAACAUGCUUCAGUCACUAAUCACAAUUUAGGUCUGAAGAAUAUAUUAAUUAUGUAGUAUUUAUAUAGUAUUUAUUUCUUCAGGACAGACUAAAGAGGAACUUAUUAUUGGCUGAGAUACACUGGGUGGACACUAGUUGAGAAGUUGUUGUUUUUUGUUUGUUUGUUUUUUUUUUUAAUGGUGGGGCACUUUCAAAUGACCGGCAUGUAAAUCUAAUUUAAAUAUAAAUACAGUAUGACUACAUCUAUAAUAUAUAGUAACAUUACACUUAUGCUUUCUUGAGUAUCAAGACCAAUGAACAAUGUUCAUGAAUUAUGUGUGGCACAAAACCAGCAAAAACCUCAACAGAGGGAGUUACAUAACCCUGUAUAGAGUUUAUUAUUAUUAUUAUUAUUAUUAUUAUUAUUAUUAUAUCUCAAAAACAAACAAGCUGAUGUAUUUCUAUCAAAUAAAUUACAUAUCUUUAUAGCUGUGCUUUUACCUUUGAGCCAAUGUAAUGUGAUAUCUUGCCUUAAAAUGUACAUUUAGGGAUAUAAAAAAUGUCAUUAUUACUGUAAGAUUAAUCGUAUGUGUGUGUGCGCGCGUGCAUUUCGUUAUGAAUUAUUGACCACACAACACGUUUGUGUAAUAAACUAAAAAUAUUUGCAGUCAGAAAAGUUCAAAGAUUUUGGAAUUUAUGAACUGGUUACUUAUUAAAGAAAGUACAAUCUGUGUUUAUGCAUUUUCAUACGUUUUAUGGGGGGAUUAAGGGGAAUCCUUAGAUUAUGUAAUCGAUUAUGUCGCGUAUAUUUGGAUUCAGUCUGUCACUGACUGUCCGUCGCCGUUAUUUGACGUCACUGACUGUCCGUCGCCGUCAUGACGUCACUGAAAGGCGACGCGCUGUUCGGUGUUUACCUUCGGGUUGCAGAAGCAGCGUUUACGCACAUUUUCGCAUUGUUUAUGGAAAUCAUUUCAUGCACAAGCAACUGGAUCUUUCCCUAAGGUCCUACAGUCUGUCUGUUCCAAGCUUUCCUGUCCACCAUGGCAAGUUCGAUGGUGAAAUUUACCUGGUGUUCUUGCCGCAACUAUAAAAUCCAGUCCAAAGACACGCACGAAAAGUGUUUAAUCUGCCUGGGAAUCCAACACGCCAAAGAGGCCAUCCUCGAGUAUGGAAAAUGUCCGCACUGUGCCAAGAUGGACUGGAGUACUUGUAUCAAGCGUCUCACCAAGGUGCAGGAGGUGAUCUAUCAGGAGGCCCAGCAACGGAAAAAUGAGGCGUCUCAGACCGGAAUUCAGCCUAAAUUUGAACCGGUGGUGUCAUCUGCUACGGUUAAAGGUGCUAAAUCUGUGAAAGUGGUGUCUGCUACACCUACUGUAUCACAGACUGAAAAUGCUGCUCCUGCGCCAUCUUUCUCCACUGCACCUGUCAUGUUCACCCUUCUCUCGCCGUCUUUGGACGUACCUGACCCAAACGCUGCAACGGUAAAUGGUGCAUACGUAUCACGUGUAGGCUUGCAGCAUAAGCUAGACUCGGCUCCGUCUGCAGCGCCUGCAUCGAUGCCUUCGACCUCACACAAGAGACGCCGUUCGUCUAGGUGUCACCCAUGCUGCAUGAAGCACUCGAGCAGGGGCUGUGGACGGAGACGGAAACACUCCCCCUCCUCACCUUCCUCCUCGCACACGUCCUGGAGCUCUGAAUCCUCCUGCGAAUCUGUUAGGGAGAAGAGGGCACGACGGGAAAAGAGGAAUUAUGCAAACAUCAACAGGCAGAGUGACCAGCUGCUUAUGAUGGUGCAGCAGAAACUGGAAGCCCAACAGAGAGCCAUGCAGGUACAGUGGAGCGUGAUGGAAAGAAGGCUCGACGUCUUGGAGAAGAGGAGUUCAACCGAUGUUCCAAAUUCAGCAGAAACCUCCAACGUGUUCACCACAUCCCAAGUGGAUCAGGGACAACAGACAGGUACCUCUUCUGGAUCUGUUCCCCUUUUGAAUGCGGUAAAACAAGAAGACGGGCCAGUAGAUAUCUCGCAUGCUUUAAAUUCCAGUUUACCGCUGCGAGUCAGUUCAAUGCAAGAGGUUCUCACGUCUGAAGAGCUGCAGAAUCUCAUAGUACGCGCAGCCAAACGCUUGGGUAUCGAUUUUCCCCAAUCCCAAAACGACUCACUACAUCCAAUUAUGGUGCCAGAAUUUGAGGACUUGGUCCAAAGUACGUGGUCCAACCCAGCGAGCUCACAACCCUUCAGGCCAGUGUUCUCUGAGUUGUACAAGCUUCACGAAAGCCAGGCUCCACCUUAUGAUCAUAUGCCUGAAGUCAACAAGCUGAUGGCGGCCAUCUUCCAAGCCGUCAUGCCUACAAGAAACAGAGAACAGCCAGUCUCUCCUGGACACUGGAGGUUCACUGACGCGCUUGCAGAAAACUCGUAUCAAACCGCCGGCAUGCUAGCGAAGACGGCUAACUAUUUGCGUUACUUGUCGGAUUACCAGAAGCGCCUUUUGGCAGAGAUUUCCGAAAACCCGACUUCUCAAAGGCUCACGGAUGUUCUAAGUGAGCUUAAGCUCAUCGGAGAGUUCACUUUUCAGCUCUCCUCACACCAGGCAGAACUUUCUGGAAGGAUCAUGGCAGCAUCAGUGGCUGUUAAACGACAGAUAUCGAUGGCCAAUACCAACUACACAGAUUCGCUAAAAGCUACGUUUGCAGAUCUUCCGUUUGCUGUCGAGACUCGAAAAUAGAAGCUUGAAAAUGAUCCGUUUCUGUUGUUUAUGAGCAGCGUGCUCGGUGACUACUUUUGCGUUUAAUGUGUACUUUUUGAAAUCUCCCAAUUUAUCCCAAUUUUAUAAUAUGUCAUCCAUUGUAUGUAGCCUUUGCGCAACGGUUAAGAAAUUGGUGCUUGUCUCUAUUGGCUUAAUUCCUUUUUUUCCCCCCCUUUUUUCAUUUAAAGGUGUAGCUCCAUUAUUGUAUAUAAAAAGUCUACACACCCCUGUUAAAACAUGCAAAGAUGCCUUCAAAAUAAUGAAAUGAAAUGAAAUGUUUGUACAUGUCAGUAAACAGUAGGAAAUGAAACAAAGUCACUAUUUGGUGUGACAAAUCCAAGGAACUGAGCUGUAAGUGUUUUCGAGCAUCUUGCAGAACCAGACACGGUUCUUCCGGAGACUUUGACCGUCGCACUCGCUUCUUAUUUUUGCAGCGAAACCCAGCAGCCUUCAUUGUGUUUUUUCACAUUGUGAAAGGUGUGUCCUACUACUUAAUAUCCUGCUUUCUUUACUGACAUACAAACAUUUUUCAGUCACAUUUAAUUUUGUGCUGGAUAACUAAUGUUUGGGAAUCUAAAAUGUUUUUGUACCCACCCGAUAAAGUGUAGAAGUCAUAAAAUAAAAAAAUGCAUAACUAAAAAGUUUGUAUUAAACUUUUUUUUUUUUUUUUUUUUAAAAUAGGGUGGCUAAGACUUUUGGACAGGGCUGUAGCAACCAACAACAUGAAAAACAAAAAUAGAACCAGGUGGACGGGAUGACUUACAUUAACCUGGUAGAAUAAGUCUGCACACCCCUUAACUAAUCACUUGUUGAAGCACCAUUUGCUUUUAAUGCAACACUCAGUCUUUUUGGGGUAAGAAUCUACCAGGUUAUCACAUCUUGAUUUGGCAAUUUUAUUCCAAAAAAAAAAAAAAGCUUCAGAUUGAUCAAAUUGCAUGGGGAGUUCCUGUGUACAGCCCUCUUCAAAUUAUUCCACAGGAACAGAAUAGAAUUUGGAUAGAAUUUUGGCCUGGACUCUGAUUGGGGCAUUCCAAAACUUGAUCUUCUUCUGAAGCUAUUUCUUUGUUGACUUGUAUUUGUGUUAUUGUACUGGAGGUGAAAUUUUUCUUCAUCUUCAGCUGUUUAAUGGAGGCCUGCAGGUUUUGUACCAAAUAUAUCACAAUAAAGGUGGAAAAAGACCUGACAUGAUUUAUCUUAAUAUUAGGAAGCUGGGGUCAGCGUGCAGGGUCAGCCAUGAUACAGCGCCCCCUGGAGCAGAGACGGUUAAGGGCCUUGCUCAAGGGCCCAACAGUGGCAGCUCAGCAGUGCUGGGGCUUGAACCCCAAACCUUCCGAGCGGUACCCCAGAGCCUUAACCACCAAGCCACCACUGCCCCUACUAGGUGUUAAAGUUGUCCCUGCAUUAAAUUUUGUCCAUAUUUUUUCUUCUGUAUGCCCUGGUAAUUCAGUGAGCCUUACUGUAUCUUCAUCUUAGUCAAUACUCUUACUCACGUUCAUGUAAAUAUGCUUCAACGUGUUGAAUAAAUUGUAUUUCUGGGUUGUGCCAGUCC